UUGCGCAUCUUCACUCUCGAAGGGAGCAGCUAGUCGGGCCUCGCUCCACGAGGCCAUCCACGAAGACAAUGGCUGUCAUCGAGACGAAGGGUGUCUGCUUGCUCGAUCGAGUCCACACCGAAUCACGCUUCCUACAGUUGGCCGCAGACAGCCACCGGUUCUACUGCUCUCGUUAUGCCGCCUCUGCAACCGUUUGCACACACCCCGUUCCGGAGUCGUUAUGCUUGACGAUUUUCAUCUCUGGAGCGACGCCACAGUCGUCGCGAGCUUAUGCACUGGAGCAUCAGAUUCUCCGCAACUGGGUAUGGUCUUCGAGAAAGGAGUUGAGCAGAUGGCCCUGGAUCGUGUUCGCUACUCGUCGCGACGUUGCGAAUCGAAUUUGGGAUUCGUGUUGUCCACCGUCCCGGAGGAUUCCAGAGCACUAGUUCUCAUGUGACGGAGGAGCCUGUUGUGCUGUGGGACGCGAAUGGAC